GCUGAAGCCCUCCAUUUCGUCUCCCUCCCUCCCUCCCCCCACUCCACUCCUCUCCUUCCCCCUCCCCCUCUUUUUGCCUCCCUUUAACUCCCGGGUUCAAGACUCCUCAGCCCGGCCAGACUCUGUGCCCCACCGAAGGAGGCAGGAGGAGGAGGGGAAAAGACUUCUUCCUCUCCCCCCCCCCCCUUUCCCCCUCUGCUGCCAGUCUUCCUUCCUUCCUUCUCGGGACCGCUAGCAGAAGAUGGCGUGGGUGCUGAAGAUGGACGAAGUGAUCGACUCCGGGCUGGCCCAUGAUUUUGAAGCUAGUCUCUCCGGUAUCGGACAAGAAUUGGGCGCUGGCGCCUAUAGCAUGAGUGAUGUUCUGGCACUUCCCAUUUUCAAGCAAGAAGAUUCUAGCCUUCCACCUGACAGUGACACAAAAAAUCCACCCUUUCAAUAUGUUAUGUGUGCUGCAACAUCUCCAGCAGUCAAAUUGCAUGAUGAAACCCUCACUUACCUAAAUCAAGGUCAGUCCUAUGAAAUACGACUGUUAGAUAAUCGGAAGAUAGGAGAUAUGCCAGAGAUCACUGGGAAACUGGUAAAGAGUAUCAUUAGAGUUGUGUUCCAUGAUAGAAGACUGCAAUACACUGAGCACCAGCAGUUAGAAGGGUGGAAGUGGAAUCGUCCUGGAGACAGGUUACUUGAUUUAGUAGACAUCCCUAUGUCUGUUGGAAUAAUUGAUAUAAAAACAAAUCCGAGCCAGCUAAAUGCAGUUGAAUUUCUGUGGGAUCCUGGGAAGCGGACAUCUGCCUUUAUUCAGGUACAUUGCAUCAGCACAGAAUUUACGCCCCGUAAACAUGGAGGUGAAAAAGGAGUUCCUUUUAGAAUUCAGGUUGACACUUUUAAACAAGCAGAAAAUGGAGAAUACACUGAUCAUCUGCAUUCAGCCAGCUGUCAGAUCAAAGUUUUUAAGCCAAAAGGGGCAGAUAGAAAACAGAAAACAGAUAGAGAAAAGAUGGAGAAACGAACUGCCCAUGAAAAAGAAAAGUAUCAGCCUUCGUAUGACACUACAGUUCUUACAGAGAUGAGGCUUGAGCCUAUAAUUGAAGAUGCAGUUGAACAUGAGCAGAAAAAGUCCAGCAAGCGGACUUUGCCAGCAGACUACGGUGAUUCUCUGGCAAAGCGAGGCAGUUGUUCACCAUGGCCGGAUACACCUACUGCAUUUGUAAACAGUAGUCCUACCCCAACUCCAGUCUUUUCUUCUACUCCGCAUACUACUUGCGGUGUCCCAGAUAGUAAUUCAUCAUCUCCAAAUCACCAAGGAGAUGGAGUUCCUCAAGUAUCUGGAGAGCAACUUCAUCCGUCAGCCACAAUCCAAGAAGCCCAGCAGUGGUUACUUAAACAUAGGUUUUCCAGUUAUACAAGGCUGUUUUCCAAUUUCUCAGGUGCUGAUUUAUUGACGCUGACAAGAGAAGAUCUGGUACAAAUCUGUGGGCCAGCUGAUGGAAUUCGGCUGUAUAAUGCACUUAAAUCAAGGUCUAUUAGGCCACGUCUAACAAUCUAUGUAUGCCAAGAGCAAUCAAGAAGUGUACAGUUUGAAAGGCAGCAAGACUCAGGCAGUGGAGAGAACAGAAAUGGUGCAAUAUUUGUUUAUCAUGCAAUCUAUUUGGAAGAAAUGGCUGCCUCAGAAGUUACUCGGAAGCUUGCUCUGGUGUUUAAUAUCCCAUUGCAUCAGAUUAACCAGGUUUACAGACAGGGACCUACUGGUAUCCAUAUACUUGUCAGCGAUCAGAUGGUUCAGAACUUUGAAGAUGAGAGUUGUUUCUUAGUCACCACAAUAAAAGCUGAAAAUGGUGAAGGCUUCCAUAUAAUUUUGAAGUGAUGUUGCCACACAUGUAAUGGACUGACUCUCCAGUACAGAAUGAAGUUGUGCUCAAGAAUGACGAAUAACAUCCAGUCUCUUCAGGGAUCUGACUUCACCAUAUAGAAUGUUUCAUAUUGAAAACGCAAGAUGUCCUUUCUAAUGAGCUAUAGUAGAUGAACUUACCACUGCCAUAGCCAAAUGUCCUCAUAAGAGGUAUAAAUGCCGUGACAGCUUGCAUACAGGCAUGAAAAAAACAAAGAUGUUUCCCUUUCUCUGAAAAAAUAAGGCAAGCUAUGGCCAGUAGAUGCAGUUUCUAGAAGCAGUAUUGCUUUCCUAUUAUACUGUAUCCAGUCUGAAUGUAAACCUCUUCUGGACAUUUAUCUUUCUGUGCCAGUUUGUCUAUUAUUUGCUUGUACCUGUAUGCUGAUUUUAUUUUUUGAUGUUAGCAGAGCACAUAGUAAUUUGUGUGGAGAUAAAGUAGUAAAGAUGAUAGCAAUCAGGUUUGGGGUCUUGAGAGUAAAGCUGUCAGAGCAGCAUCCUCUGUAUAAAUUGUGUAUAAGCGUGAAUGUAAGAAGUGUAAAUGUCAAGAGUUGGACUUUUUACUAAAGUCCUAGCCAGACGACAUUAAGUAUGCAGCAGAAUUUAUAAUAACUUAAGAGAGAAUCAGAACAAACCCAUUGAGCUACAAUAUUGAUUUGCAACAGGUCCAUUGGAGACAAUAUACCUGUCUAUAGUGUCUUUAAGUUCAUCAACAAAGCACUCUUGCAGUUCCAUGCUAAGAUGUCCUUGUGAAAAAAGGUCACAAAGAUAAUAUUGAAGGAUUAAAGCAAAAAAACCCAAAAAACAAUCAAAUAUUAAAAUGUUCAUCUUUCAUCCACAGACUUGCGGUCUCACAUUAUCACUUCUGGUGUAAAGUGUUGAUUUCUUUUCUUUUUCUUCCACUCUCUCGGAAAGACCAUAGGUACAGUGCCUCUUCCAUACAACCAAAUACUUGACUAGCAGUUGCAUAGCUUAUUGAAUGAACUGCAAAAAUGUCUUUAAAUGUUAACCUGAUAACCAGAUAAUGCUUCCAAGAAUAGAUGUUUAUGUCUGUUCUGGUUUGUGUAUCAAUACAGCUACUUGGAGAGGUUUUAACGGAGAAGGCAGCUUUUUCAAAUAGCUGAAACGACGUGAACACCUUAACAGAAAAAGAA